UGAACGCCCUCAAUCGGCCUAUUUGAAGAAAGAAGAAUUCUGAAGAUGUAUGACAGUAAAUCCACGAUAAAGAUGGAAGAAAAGCAGUAUACGUCACUGACGGUUCCUACGGAUUAUCUCCAACAGUGAAGGUGAGAAAGUCCACUAUCAACAACCACCAAGGCAUUGGGAUUUCAUAUCACAUCAUACUGUUUCAGUCCUUUUUGUACUGUCAUCUCCUGCUGUACCAGUCCACCCAGCAGCAUCCCCAGGCUCAGCAUGUGAUGCAGUACCACAACACAGGCCAUGUGGGUCAGUACAUGGAUGGUUCUAGAGAAGACCGGGUCAUGACUGAGCUGUCAGUCCACCAGGAGCUGCCGGUGCACCAGGAGUUUUCCAUUCACCAGGAGUUCCUCGGUCACCAAGACCUGGACUUCCAUCACGACUUCACCGGACAUCAAGAGCCUAUUGUCCAACACCAUCAUCAGCCUGCAGAUCCAUCACAAGCUCCAACUCCAGGAAAGAGAAAGAGAGGGAGACCUCCCAAACAGAAGUUGGAAGAAGGCAAACAGCAGGAGGAGUAUGACCAGAAUGAGGCCAUAAAGAAGGCUAAACGGGCUCUCAACCGCUUCAAUGGCAUGUCAGUGGCUGAGGUUAUGGCCAAAACCCUGCCAGACAUUAUUGCCCACAAUCUUGACAUUUUGAUAAUUGGUAUCAACCCAGGACUGUUGUCAGCAUUUAAAGGACGCCAUUACCCAAACCCAGGCAACCAUUUCUGGAAAUGUCUGUUCCUUUCUGGUUUGACUGAAGAGCAACUCAACCACAUGCAUGAUCAGAGCCUACCUGACAAGUACGGCAUUGGCUUCACCAAUAUGGUGGAAAGGACAACGCCAGGGAGCAAAGACCUGUCAAGCAAAGAGUUCCGCGAAGGAGGUCGACAAUUGGUGGAGAAGCUGAAAAAGUACAAACCCCUCAUUGCAGCGUUUAAUGGGAAAUGUAUUUAUGAAAUUUUCUGCAAAGAGAUAUUUGGCGUAAAGGCCAAAAAUCUUGUAUUUGGCCUACAACCGUACAAAAUACCAGAAACAGAAACAGUGUGUUACCUGAUGCCCUCAUCGAGUCCACGCUGUGCCCAGUUCCCCCGCGCUCAGGACAAGGUGCACUUUUAUGUCAAGCUGAAGGAGCUAAGAGACAAGAUUAAAGGGGGGUCACCAACACACCGGGAGGUGCAGGAGACUGACUAUUCCUUUGACUUGCAACUUGCCAAAGAUGAUGCUAAGAGGCUGGCAAUCAAGGAGGAAAAUGUAGAUCCAGAGUAUGAGAACUGUGGUGGGGCACAUGAAGACGCAAAGCAAAGCACCAGCUACUGUAAUAUUCCCCACACCAAAGACACAGAAAUGGCCAGAAAAGACCAUGCCCCUGCAACAGGCGACCUGCCAUAUGACCAGUGGAUGACACAGUCGUUCGCCGACCAAAUACCGGACAUCAGCUGUAACAGUAGCAAUGUACCUCAACCUCAGAUGGGAGCAGAAACAUUCUGAAGUGCAGAAGAGAAAAGGUUAUUGGGGACACCAUUUCCGAAGGCAUCACGAUGCAUGCAUAUGUUACACAACCAGAAAAAGGAAGAGAAGAUACGGCCCACCAUGACUGGACUACCGUUUUCAAAUUCUCUCUGUAGAACACAGCCCAUUUUUUCUUAUUUUUUAUAACUAUUUAUUGCAUUUCAUAAAGCAUGUGUCCAGUGUCUUAUUUUUAUAUUUUGAAAAGAAUGGGAUUUUGUUGGAUCCCUCACUUGUACAUGUGGAAGUGUAAUUGUGCUCUGGAAUUUUCAAGUUUAUGACAGAGAUAUUAAAUCAGUUGUAAAACUGA